CUGUCCCGUCUGUCAGCACCCGUGAUGGAUGAGGAGUGGGGCAGCGAGGAGGCUGGGGCUGAUCUCCUGCAGCAGUGGGAGGUAGGGGCUGGCCCCCUGGGGUCUGCCAGCCCAGCAGAGACCCUGGCCCCCACCCAGCAGGGGUGUUUAAAGGCCCACAGGGUGGUACCCUCCCACUCUGCCGGCAUCAUGAGUGCUUGGGCCUUCCCCACAGCCCUUCUCCUGCUCGGCCUGACCUCUGAAAGCCUGCAAGGCGGGCUCCCUCCAUCAUCUCUGGGCCUGGGAAAAGGCUUAGGAGGCUCCAAUGGCUAUCGAUCAGGCUACGGUCCCCCCAGUGGUCUAGGAGCAGGGUUCGGGAAUGGGCGUGGGCUGGGAGCCCAGCCAGGCCCUCCAGCUCAGAAUGGCUACGGAGCAGGCAUUGGAGGGGGCGCGAAGCCCCAGAAGCCGGGUGUCUCUCCAGGGUUUAGGAACGGGAACGGGCUGGGAGUCUAGACCCUCCCAGGUGCUGCUGCCCAGCCAGGGUACGGAAACACGCUGGGAGCUGGUGCCUUCCCGGGGCUGGGAGCCCAGCCAGG